GAUAAAUAUCGCAGCGAGUGGCGACAACGGGAUAAUUCUUCACCGUUUUCCCAGGGAUACCACAACGACACGGACAGAGACAAGAUAUCUCUCUUGCUGUAUUAGGCCCUAGAUCGCGUUUUGCGAGAACAAGUACUUAAACUUAGAACAUGGCAGGAACCAUGACUACAUCACUCCAGGUUGCUCUUCUAUUCGGACUGUGCAUCACUUUUUUGGAUGGGCUGGUCUUACAAAGAGAGAAGAGGGGUACCAGAACCUACAGAAGUCAGUGUGUAGACACACAGACGGGAGCGGUGCGUGGUGUGGGGGAGGUGUGGAUGCGCUGGAAGGGACAGCAGGCUGAGUCCUGCCGCUGCAACACACGCGGCCGACAGAACUGCCACUAUGUGCCUGUUAUCACAUGUUAUGUGUCUCGUUGUUAUAAUGGGGGAACGUGUAAGGAGGCAGUGUACUCCUCUGACUACCUCUGCCAGUGUCCACCAGGCUUCGCUGGAUCCCAGUGUGAGAUCAACACCAGUGAGAAGUGUGUGGUGAACAAGGGCUCUGGUUACCGGGGUGCCUGGAGUAUCAGUCGCUCGGGGACGGAGUGUAUCAACUGGAACUCCACCGCGCUGAGAGGCAAGAAGUAUACCGGCUGGAGGACCGACGCCAGCAGCCUGGGCCUGGGCAACCACAACUACUGCAGGAACCCAGAUGGGGACUCUAAGCCUUGGUGUUACGUAUACAAAGGCACACAGAUCGCCUGGGAGUUCUGCACUCUACCCACCUGUGCGACAGAACCCAAUCUGGAGUGUGCUGUCGGGACGGGGCGUUCGUAUCGUGGGACGGCGGAUGUGACUAAGAGUGGCUCCAAGUGUCUGCCCUGGGAUUCGCCAGCCACCACACGCAAGUUCUACAACGCCUGGAGGUCCGACGCCCAGCAGCUCGGCCUGGCCAGCCACAACUUCUGCAGGAAUCCUGAUGGUGAUCUUGGACCCUGGUGCCACACCUAUAAAGGAAACAAGUUGACCUGGGAGCUCUGCGACAUCCCAAAAUGCCCAAGGACUUCUUCUACGGUCACCAGACCACGACCUCCAACCACCCUUGGACCACGAGCACCAACCACCAAUAACAGCAACAGAGGAACCUGUGGUCAGCGGGCCUCCCCAGACUCCUCCUCCGACUCCGCCCCCUCGUUCCGUAUGCGCGGAGGCAAGGAGAGCGACAUCAGGGAGCAGCCGUGGCAGGCGGCCAUCACGGUGUACCGCCCGCGUGCCCGCGCACACAGCUUCCUGUGCGGGGGCGUCCUCAUCGACUCCUGCUGGGUGCUAUCGGCCGCACACUGCUUCCAGGAAGGUUUUUCAGCAAACAGGGUGCAGGUGACUUUGGGCCGCACGUUCCGGCUCCAGAACUCCAGCACAGAGCAAAUAUUUGAGGUGGAAAAAUACUGGGUCCAUGAACAAUACAAAGAAGAGACCUAUGACAAUGACAUCGCCUUGCUGAAGCUGAAGAGUGAGAGUGGCCUCUGUGCGGUCAGCAGUCCAGAGGUGCUGCCGGUCUGUCUGCCCGACGCCACACUACAGCUGCCAGAGUGGACAGAGUGUGAGAUCUCCGGCUACGGCAAGGAGCACGAGUUCUCUCCAUUCUACUCGGAGCGGGUGAAGCAGGGGCAUGUGAGGCUGUGGCCGCAGGACCGCUGCGUGUCGGAUAAGCUGGCCGGCCGAGUGGUCACUGCCAACAUGCUCUGCGCAGGGGACACCAGGGGGCUGGACGACGCCUGCAAGGGAGACUCCGGAGGUCCUCUGGUGUGCCCUAGUGAUGGCAGGAUGACCCUCAUGGGACUCAUCAGCUGGGGAGAUGGCUGUGGCAAGCCAGACACGCCGGGAGUGUACACACGCGUCACACACUACAUUGACUGGAUUUCCAGCAAGAUGAGGAGCAACUGAGAAGGCACACACACUUUAUAUGUACAUGUGUGCACACGCACAUGCACGACCACACACACACACCCACACACACACACACACACACACACACACACACAUACCAAAGGACGAUCUCACUCCAGGUACACUCAUAGGAGAGUCUGCUCUUUUUUAUGCAGCUCAGUGACUUGCCAAUAUUAGGCAACCAGCUCUAACCCACCACCACCCCAACACACACACACACACACACACACACACACACACACACACACACACACACACACACACACACACACACACACACAGAUAUACACACACACACACACACACACACACUCCAACCAAGGCCAGUUUCUCCACUCUUUUCUAUCCCUGAUGCCCAAGUGUCCUUCGUCAGAAACCACGCCACACAGCUGCACUGUCCUGCUAUGCUCUGACCACUCUCUCUCUCUCUCUGACCUGGGAAAAAACACCACAAAAGCAAUAACACACUGUAAUGGCGCAGGGGUCGACUGAGCCACCAGUUCACCAGUUUUUCCUCAUUCUUCCAGGGUCGUUGGUUUAACGAGCCUUUUAACACUAAACACAAGAGAGAGCCUAUGUGGAAGUAGUCCUAAUGAUAGUCGUUGAAGACAGGUCUACAUACAUAUAUGAAGUGUCCUUAAUUAUAGACCCUUUCAAGAGAGUUCCAUUAUCAGCAUCAUAGUUGGCCCCACAAGGCUUCCGUUUUAACAUUCCAUAUGUUAUCUUAAUGCAGAGGAAGUAGAUUGGGAACCAAAUAGAACAUUCAAGCAUUGUUUUUGUUUUUAUUGUUGAAAGGGUCUACCCAGAACCUUUAUAUGGCUCUGGGUCUACCCUUUCAUGCUGAUGCUGAUAAUGGAACUCUCUUGAAAGGGUCUAUACAUGUAUGUGCUUUUUCAUAUAAAUACCCAUUAUGACCCGAGGAUGCAGGAGAAUUUUAGGUUUCGGGUGUAGAAGUGUAUAUCAUUAAGUAUGGUGUACUAAGGAUACUUCCUAUGAAGGGGGGUUAUGAGAUCAACUUGUGUAUAGUAGACUGUCUUGGAUGUCGAGGCCUUCUGGGCCGUUAGUGUUGGUGAUAAACAGCUGCUUCCCAAUACACAAAGCUUUUCUUAAUCAGCCAACCUAGUGCUUAACUGGUUCUGAAUCUCUCUUUCCUGUGCAAAGCACAUCUCAUAGCUCUUUGCCUCUGUAUGAUCUGCUGGAUCGGAUCCGUAGGGAACAGCUGACGCUUGAGCCCCCUCUGGACUUAUCUAAGUCCAGGUAUCAGGACCAGGUCCAGGUCCAGGUCAGGACCAGAGUUGGUUGCUGCUUCUGUAGUCUCGGCUCAGCAGCGUUUACUACCCAGCGAGACCAGACUUGUCUGUGGCAUUACAUGGUGGGGAUUUCGAAACAUGUGGACUGGAGAUGUGCCAAAAAUAAAUAUCAACAAGGCUCUGCCUACCAGAUAAAAAAAAAAAUGUUGAUGAGACCUACCCCUUAAAACCACUUAACUUGUGUGGUUCUCUCAACUUUUAACCAAAGACUCUCGAGCUUCCCUUUGAGGCCUUCCAUGCCACGAAUAUCUGGAUAGGUGUUGAAAGUUCAAAUGUCAUUAGCCAUGUGCUAGUUGUCCACCUGCACUCAGUCCGCAUAGCACAAGGGUUGUCUCCAGACAAAAACGUUGAUGCUUCUCAGUCUAUGGUGAAUGAGUGAACGAAUGAAUGAAUGUAUGAAUGAAAAAUUGUAUAAUAUGAUAACAUGGCUAUGCAAGUCUAGUCAUGGUGUAAACUCCCUCACCCCACCCUGACCCUAUACAAGAGUACAAGUGGAGAAUAGGAUUGCAAUUCAACAGAAGCUGUAAGACUGCAAUCCUCUAUAUGUAUGUAGAUACGCCCACAGGGCUAUGGUGCACAGCGACAAACAGUAAAGAAAAUAAAUAACUAUGUUCUUAAGAAUGGUGUCCACCUCAUGCAUGUAUUGUAAGUUAAUAUUUAUGUAUUUAUAGUCUGUUUCUGAAGUGUGCAAUCCUAUGCACAUUGUAGUGGCUAUCAGAAUUUUUAAUUUAUUGCAUAAAUUAAAAGCUGUAUCUCCUAUAUAGUUUAUCUGUCUGUUUUGUUUUUAUAAAAAAUAAACCUCUUUUAUACGUAA